AUGGUUUCUGCGAAUCAUGGUGGCAUGGUUUCGACCAGGAUGUGGAAUGUUUACGACAUGAAAUCCAUAGUCGAGCAGAAGGACGAUGAGCGCCGCCGCAGCGCCGACCUCGACAGUGAUCAACUGGUGCAACAUCAAGCUGGUGAGCAGGACAAUGCUCUGAUGGCCGCCGUCAAUGAUGAAGAGCUUACUGACUACCCGAUAUCAAACGCCGCACCGAACCGUCAAGCCACCUUCACCAAGGCGAUCGACGUCGUCGACUUGAAAGCAGUGCUGCUACCACGCACAUCUGAAACCACCGAGCAGCAAGAGUACGAGGAAUCCAUUCUUCGCCAGCACUACCCAGAAAGUCGACGGAGGCACGACCUGAGCCAUCUCGCUGAGGAGGAAGGAAUGCCCGAGGAAGACGACGAUGAAGAAGUGCCCAGUAACAAAAGCCAUCCUUCUUCGCCUGAGCAGAGCUCGACGGGGACGACGGGGGCACGUGCCAAGGUCAAGGGCAAACUCAAGUCCUUCUGGAACAAGACCAUCGUCCCCGCCUUUCCCGAAGCUGUUGCGGAUAUCUCAAUCAUCAAGGCCGCGUUAAAGGUCGAGGCUACUAUCACGAAGGAGUUGAGGGAUACAACGAGGCAUCCCGAGGUCGCUCUAAAGGCAACGGUAAGGAGGGGAUUUGACCUAGCCCUAGAGGAAAUACAAUUCCGUGAGCAGAGAAAGGUCAAGGUGCGGGAUGCUUUUUGCCGUUAUCUCAACCUCGAUCCCUCCGAGGUUCAUGUUGAUGACGUGCCGGUUGUAGCUUUUGGCGGAUCGGGGGGAGGAUAUAGGGCCAUGAUCGGCUUUCUGGGAUACUGUGAAGAGAUGAAGCGCACGGGAAUGUGGGAUCUGUUGACUUAUAUCGCUGGUGUGAGUGGUAGUUGCUGGGGCCUCGCCGCCUACUACACCUGGGCCGGUGCGAGUAUGAAGGCAGUGAUUGACCAUUGCCGGAAGAGACUGCAUCCACACCACCCCUUGUCUCCCGAAGCAGUUCGCGAGGUGCUGAACGCCCCUGGUGGCCCGACGAAGACGCUUGGUCCCUUGAUCCAGAAGCACCGCUCAGGGUUGUCAACUGUGGCUAUGGAUUUGUAUUCUGUCUUCACCACGGGCCAUCUCUUCCUGAAUCACGAUCCCGCCCUAGAGCCACCGGGCCUACGUGGGAGCUUUGGUGUCAAAAAGGAGGUGGCAGGCUUUCAUGAGAACUGGCUAAAGUGGUCAUCGGCAAAUAUGUAUCUGCUAGACGGCAGCGAACCAUUGCCCAUACUUACCGCAAUCCGGCAUGAACGCCCCUGGAAGGACUGGGUAGACAAGGAACAUCCCUUUAAGAACGAAGAUCCAGAAACGAAGGAGCAUCAAGAGGCCCAGGAUGCUUGGUUCAAUUGGUUUGAAAUUUCGCCGAUCGAGGUUGGAUGUGACGAGCUGGAGGCUUGGUGUCCAACUUGGGCGUUUGGCAGGCCGUUCGACCAAGGCCACGAUACCAUGCAACUUCCCGAGCAAUCUCUGGCAUUGCUACUGGGUCUCUGUACCAGUGCGCCGGCGGGACCUUUGACUUCCUACCUUGCGACCAUCAAGCGCAGUCUCCCGGCGGGAUUCAUUGGCAACUCCAUCAAUGACAUGGCUAGAGGCAUCGCGCGGCUGUGGGGGCCAAAGGGAAAGGAAGAGUUUCAAGCCCAUCAUCCGCUUCAUGCUGUCAAUGAGCACAAUUUCAUGUUUCACUUGACCCGGGGUGAGAACAAGGACAAACCGUCACCACCAAUCGAGAAUUCCCCUCGGAUUCACCUGAUCGAUUCAGGGAUGGAUAACAACUGCCCGACGUAUGUCAUGCUGCACCCUUCUCGGCAAGUCGAUGUGAUUUUGAACAUGGAUGCGUCCAGCGACGUCUUGAAGGGCAGUUUCCAGGAGCGGGUGGACCAGAUUGCCAGCCGACGGUGCCUGAAAUUCACCAAACGGCACCCUGAAGUGGAAGCUGGCACAGACCCCAAAGAUCCGGACCGCUUCAAGGGCUUAUACGCACAGAUCUACGACGGUAGCAUCCUCGAAGAGAGGCCGAAGCAGGUGAUUGACUCUUACGGACACGAAGUAACCAAUCCCCCGGCACCGCCAUGCCUCCAUGAAUCAACCAUGAUCUAUCUCCCGUUACUGCCGAACCAGGGAGCAGUGGCCGAUUUUGAUCCUUCGACCGCCAAAUUCUCCGGCUCGUAUAACCUCGUGUGGACUGGUGAGCAGGUAGAGAUGCUGGUCAAGGUAUGCUGCGCCAACUACGAGGCCGGCGAAGAUGCGAUAAAGACAGUCUUGAGGGAGCAGUGGCAGAAGAAGAGAGCAAAGAGAGAAGCCGCUGGCGAUUCCUCUACUUCGCUUCCUCCGGCAGGCCCUAUUCCUCCUCCUCCUUCAACGCCUCCUUCUACGCCUUCAGCCGAAGCACAUACCCAGUAA